AUGUCCACGUCAACAGCUUUAGAAACCACAAAUGCAGAAAAGAAAUUUGUGAAUACGUAUCUAGAAUUGAUGCAGUUAUCCAAGAAUGAAUCGUUAGAUAAAUUCAAUUCAACUCAAGAUUACAACAACUUAUCAUCAUUAGGCCCAAGUUUACCUAAAUGUAAUUAUAAAUUCCCAGAACCACAAAAUGUAACAAAGGCAGCAGAAUCUACAGUAACUUUGAAGUUUAAAUCAAUUAAACCACCAUUCAAGUUUCAAACUGAAUUGUCCAACAUUCCUGUUAAUUUCACCAUCUACAAGGUGAAAGCCCAAUUGAUUGAAUCAUUGGAAAUUUUACACAAUGCUGGGGUCACGGCAAAAGAUUUGAAAUUGAUGAUCAAAUCAAAAGUUGCUCAAGAUGCUGCAGCUUUGUCAUCUUUAGUAAAUACAGAAGAACCAAUUAGUUUUAAUUGUAUGGUAUCAGCUCCAAGUGGUGGAAAACCUGCUGCCACCACCUCAAAGACCGAUGAAGGUGAUCCUGAACUUGAAGCUGUUUCCGAUCCUGUAUCUACAACUGCUACCACUAGUAGUAUAUCUGAAGCUGGUUGGAAUAAAAUAUAUGAAAUUAUAUUACAAGAUAUAAAAGAUGCUGGUAAAGCUAAGGAAUUAUUGGCUAAAUUGAAGCAAAGUGUAUAA